AUGGAUAAACAAUUUGCUUUAGUUCCUUUCAAGAACCAGGUAAGUGUGCCAAAGUGAAUGGUAAAACUCAAACAUUACUAUAAAUUUAUUGACCUUUGAGAAGCGGAAGAAAUCUAGCUUUUUGAUUUUUGGAUUCUUCACCUACUCUGCCAUGAAUCUAAUGUAGAAUUUAGUUUUUUUUUUCAAACCAUAAAAAAAUGGAUGAAUGAAAUAAAUUAGUACUAGGCUCAGCUAAUUUCAAAACAUUGUGAACUUGAGAUUCAAAUCUAUGUGCUCAUUGGACACUGUAUGGAAUAAAAAUGCGAGUUCUAGCUUGAUUUCAAAUUUCAAUUUCUUUGACUGCACAAUAAAUUGAGCAUAAAUUAUUUGAUUCCAGGAAAAUCGACGAAACCUUACAUCCAGAGGAUCAUCUUCUCCAAGAGUACGAAAGAAUUCAACUUUUUUUCAAAUAACAGAUGACUUCAGGAGGACAGACUUUCUCGUAACCGAUCAUUGAUGAACACCACGCAUGUUGACCCUUUCGACUUAGUUCAACGCAGAGUAAGUUUUUGAAAUGAUCUAACUUGGAAAAGAUUUUCCGAUUUCGCUUCAUUGAACUAGGAGCAAGUGUCUUAGUCCUUUAUCAAACAUACGAUUCAAAAAUUAAUCGAGAAAAAUGAAUCAAUACUGGCCAAAUGUGUAUUAGGAGUGUCUUUCCAAGGUCACACUCCUAUUUUGUAAUGAAAAACUCAGAAACUACAGAAAGCUUCUGAAAAAACGAGCAGUUCAGUAUCAAUUUUCGAUUCUUUCACUUGAUGUUCAUUUUUUAAGCAUUAAAUCCAGACAAUUUUUGUAAAAAUCAUAAAAUCAAGACUAAUCUUUAUCGUAUGCUCAUUUCGACAAUGUGUGUAGCAAAAAAAUAGCGAUUUUUAAAUCUAAUUUCAAAAUUCUUAGUUUUUUUGAUGGCUCAAUAAAUAAAGAAUAAAUCAUUUGCUUUCAGGAUAAUCGACGAGGCUUAUCUUUUGAAGGAUCAUCUUCUACAAGAGUACGAAUCAAUUCUGUUUUUUAAAUAACAUAUUCGGAUUUCAGGAAAACCGACUUUCGCGUAAUCGCCCUUUCAGGAACACUACGUUUGGUGGCCCUUCCGAUUUUGGUCGUCGCAGAGUAAGCUUUUGAAGUUUUAUAGUUUGAAAUUUUGCCUCAUUAGUUGGAAGUAAUGUUUCAGUCCUUUUUUGAAGAUGAACUCACAAUAAAAAUCGAGAAAAUAGGAAUCUGUAUUGACCAAACGUGCGCUAUAAUUUCAUAGCCUAUUGCUACAAGUAAUUUUCAAAAACCAUCAAAGUUUACAGUUUAUGAUGGAGCAAUAAAUUAGGUAUAAAUCUGUUGCUUUCAGGAAACUCCUAGAGGCUUCACUUUUGGAGGAUCAUCUUCUGCAAGAGUACGUCUGGAUCUAAUUCAUGUUAAGUGAAAAAAAUUCUUAUUUUUAGGAGGACCGAUUUUCUCGUAACCGAUCCUCGAUGAACACCGCGUUUUUCGGACCCUGUGGACUUUAGCCAGCGCAGAGUAAGCUUUAUAAAUUUCCUAGGUUUGAGGAAAAAAUUGUCAAAAAAGCUCAGGAAGCUUUUAGUAAGACAAGAAUUUCAGUAAAAAUCUUUGAAGCCCUCCCUUGAUAAUCAAUUAUUCUCUAAUAAAACCAAUAAUUUCAGCAAGAAAUGUCGUCAUUCGGACGGCCAAAUGCAACGGCAUCUCAAGCGGGACCUCCAACGACUAACGAUGCUUCUUGGCGAAAUGCUGUCUCCUUAACGGCUCCGAUAGUACUUUUUUAUUUUUAUAAGAAAAAAUAGUUUAAACUAACAGUUCAAAUUAUUUGUAACAGAUCCUUUCUAUUUUAUCUGACCAUGAGAAGUCCUUUUAAAUCAUAACUUGAACUGUAACUUUCAUGAUCUUCAAUGGAAAAAACUUCUUUUUGCGAUAGUUGCGUUUCACGCUAUUUCUUCAUCAGUGUUACCUCUUUUCUGUAUCAAUCAAUCGGCAAUUUGAAUAAUUUACGCGCCAAAAAGUUCAAAACAACGGCGCUCUCGGGAUCGGCGGCCUUGUCUUACACUCGUUGUCUCUAUUUACGUAAUUUCAACUUUUCAGCAUACGAAUCCGUCCUUUGUGCCGCCUCGUCGCGAAGCAGCUCCAAUGCCCCUUUCGGCCAGACAAGCCUCUAUGUUCAACUGCUUCACCGAUCCUCCGCUGAACGUUGUUCAAACUGUACCUGAUACGAUAUCUUCGUGCUGUAUCGUGAGUCGCAGUUCUUCAGAGAAAAAAAAAAUGCCUAAUAAGAUCAAUUUUAGUAAUUGCAAAUAUAAUCAUUUUCCAGGAGGACUUAUUUGGAACUCUGUAAAGUGCGGCAGACGGCCAAAAUAUCUAAACGAAAUUGAUCUUUAAUUUUUUUGAUACGUCGAAAAAGUUUUAGGAUCUGAGAUGUGAGAUUGAAGAAAAAUUUUUGCUCCCAUACUGAUCUUCCGGUCGCCGCCCGAUGUGGCUUUUUUUAAACAAAUAAAAAAAUCUAAAUUUUCAGGAUUUCAAAGAAAAAGAUUUUAGAUGCCCACCUCAAAUCAGCUGCUCCAACAACAGCUCCCAAUUGUUCAAUACCAGGAAAACAUUGCGGCCCUGCAUCCAACCGAAGCGGAUGAAGAUUUGAUGGUUAGAUCUAAUCCUGUUUAGAAAAUUUAAUGUGAUAUUUGAAGCUGAUCUUUAACACUUAAGUCUACAUAAAUGUCUCAAAAUAAGGACUUUCACUUUAUUUGUUUAGCUAAGGAGUGAAACAAGACUAUGAGUGACUAGAUCAAGCUCAGCCUUCUUUCGUAGAGAUUAACAAUAUUCAAAAUUUUUUUUCGCAAGGAUACUCCUUUCCCUUUAGAAACGCGUUGAAUAGACGGCUGUAGGAAUUAAGAAAAAAAGUGAAUCAAAUAAAAACGAUGGUAUUUUGUUUCAUUGUACAGCGAAACUUGCCGGAAACACAGCUUGAGUUCAAUCAAGGAGUGCAGAGAUUUGGUUUCGACACACCACCAGAGGUUGGUUUUUAGAGUUUUCAAAAAAAAACCUCAGUUGGAAAUUGGAAUUUUUCCAUUUGAGCUUUCUUAUUUCGCAGUAAGAGUCCAAAAACGAGCCUAGAAACUUGGCCUUAUUUUUAAAACCCUAUUUUUUCGACAAUCGAGAUCGUUUUAGCGGAUCCUUACGCGCCACAGUGAGGCGUCUCCUUCUCCACAACAAAGACCCGUUUUUCGUCUGCCUCCAAUGGUGAGCCUCAUUUCCUAGCAAGAAACAAAUCUAGUCUCACUUUUUAAAAAAAUCUCACUUUACAAAUCUGGUCUCACUUUUUUUCUGAAAGACAAACCAACUUUUUGUUUGCCGCCGAUGGUUGGUCUCACUUUUUUGCUAAGUAGAAACAAAAAAAGCCGAAAAGUCCCGCUUCGAUAUCCUCAUUUCCACUCCGAUUGAGCCUAUUUUUUUUUUUAGGAAAGCUCAGCUCCAGCUUCAGUGCCAUCUUCAAUGACAGGCCCAACACAACAAGCCUCGGUAUUCCGUCUGCCCCCAAUGGUAUCUUUCCUCAUCAAAAAAAGAGAUGGAAAAAGAGCCAAAAAUGUGGUCCUACCCUCAAGAUUAUAUUUCUAAUGACUUUAUAAGAACUGUUGUUAUUCAGCAGAGCACUGGUUCAUCUCAGCCAACCCGCCAAGCAGCUUCGGCGGCCGAAAGAGAAAUCAUCCUCCGUCAACCACCGACGGUAGGUCCUACACAAUUAUCAAGUAGAGGAAAAAUUUAAAACUCGGGUUUUCUUUCAAAAUUCCUUUUUUAUCAACAAUCAAGUGUUUUUAUAGCAAAAACCUCCAGCUUCGGUGCCAGCUUCCAUGUCAGGGUCUCCUUCCCAAAAUAGACCAGUAUUCCGUCUGCCUCCGAUGGAUGGACGCCAGCUAGAACUUCCCAGUCAGAGGAACAUUCUCAUCCACGCACCUCCAUCGGUAUGUCUCAUUUAUUCACAAAAAGUUGACUUUCUUUUUUCCGAUUAAGAGAUUUGUUCAGCGGAACUUCGCUGAACCAACUGGCGCUGAAACAGCUUCAGUGGCAUCUGUGGAGCCAGCUACAACUUCACAGCAGAUGAAUGUCUUCAGAUUGCCGCCCAUGGUACGAACCAUUUUUUUGCAGGGAGAACCCCUGAAAAAGGGUCUUUAACUCAAAACCUUUUUAUUUUCUCCGUAGAUCAAUUGUUUAUAGAGCUCGCAGCCAGCUUUACCGGCAAGAAGAACUCCAGCGGGAUCUCUGGAGCCAGCUGAAGCUUCACAGCAGAUGAACGUCUUCAGAUUGCCGCCCAUGGUACGAACCAUAUCUUUGCAGGGAGAAGACCUGAAAAAAGGGUCUUAACUCAAACCCCGCUUUUCUCUCUGUUGAUCAAUUGUUUUUAGAACUCGCAGCCAGCUUUACCGGCGAGAAGAACUCCAGUGGAGCCUCUGGAGCCAGCUCAAGCUUCACAGCAGAUGAAUGUUUUCAGAUUGCCGCCCAUGGUACGAACCAUUUUUUUUUGCAGGGAGAAGACCUGAAAAAGGGUCUUCAACUCAAAACCCUUUCAUUUUCCGUGUUGAUCAAUUGUUUUUAGAACUCGCAGCCAGCUGUACCGGCGAGAAGAACUCCAGUGGAACCUCUGGAGCCAGCUCAAGCUUCCCAGCAGAUGAAUGCCUUCAGAUUGCCGCCCAUGGUAUGAAGUAUUUUUUCGCGGAGAGAAGACCUGAAAAAGGAUCUCUAACUCAAAACCCUUUUGUUUUCUUCGUUGAUCAGUUGUUAUAGAAUUCGCAGCCAGCUGUACCGGCAAGAAGAGCUCCAGUGGAAUCUCCGAGACCAGCUGCCCCUCAUCAACGCGAUUCUGAUUUCUUGAUGGCAUCGAUGGUACGAAACUUAUUCAUGCCCAAAAUAAAACUUGAAUUGAGUUCAAAAAUCGGUCUUGCUUUCUCAAAAAAUGUUUUCUUGAUUGCUUCUUUUCAUAUUUAUUCUUAGACGGACUCUUCGCCAGAUGAACGAGUGAGAAGAGCUGCAAUUCAUCAACGAGAGCCAGUUUUCAUUUUUUCAACGACGGUACGAAAAUUUUUUUGCAUAAAAAUAUUUAGAAUGAGUUUGAAACUUGAUUUUUUCCUAAAAAAAAAACUUUCCUCUUUAUUUUUCCCAUUUAUUUUCAGUCGGAUACUUCGACAGAUGAGCCAACAAAGGGGCGCUCCAGUGGAUUCUCGGAGGCCAGAUCCAGUUCAUCAACAAGAGCCGGUGUUUAUUUUUUUCAACGACGGUACGAACAUUUUUCUUGCAUAACAAUUAUUUAGAAUGAGUUUAAAGUUUGACUGUUUUUUUCAAAAAAAUUUCCUCUUUAUUUUUUUCUAUUUUUUUGCAGUCGGAUACUUCGACAGAUGAACCGACAACGGGCGCUCCAGUGGAUUCUCGGAGGCCAGCUCCAGUCUCGGAGGCCAGCUCCAGUCUACAGGAGCAAGUUCGCUUAAUGGCAUCAAUGGUACGAAUCUGUUUUUUUGCACAAUAAGUACAAAAGAAGAGUCUGUGUUCAGAUAUUUCUCUCCAAGUUUUUUUAAUGUUCCAUUUAUUCUUAAAAAAAUACUAUACUUUUUCACGCUUUGAAAAUUUUUUUGAUGAGAUUAGACUUCUGCAAGUUGAAGAGAUUUGAAUUUUAGUGGCCGGUGAGGGUUGAGCAGCGCCUGCAAGGUCUUGGUCGUGGUCGGUACCAACGAGACUUCCCUUUUCCUCGUCCUCAAGAAAGGCCACUCGACGGCUCAGAGCACCAUGCGGUAUUUAGAUUUUCAAUGAUAUUAAAACCUGAAAUCUAAGUUCCGUGCAAUAUAGAGAUUAUAAUUCUGAACAAUUUUUAUCUUUAACUUUUUUUAGGUUUAGUUAUAUAUGGAAAAAUCAUAAGUUUCUCGAAAAACACAAAAUCUAGAUUUUUGAAGCGAAAUUGGUGAAUGUAAAAUAUCAGCUGUGAGAGUCAAAGUCUUCGUGUAUUUUGGUAUGAAAAUCCUGGGAAAAUUGAAUUUGGAGCUAUCAUUCCCAGUACGACUACUUUCAGUUUAACUGGCCAGGAAGAGAAUUGAUUUUUUUGGGAGGUUUCUGGAUAAAUGUUAACCAUUACUCUAUAAACUCGAUCAUUCAAAAAAUCAUGGAACGUUUUCAGUUGAACGUAGAUGAAUUGACGCGUCGCCUGGAAAUCCUUGCUCGACUGAGGGAGGAAUCUCCAUCUUGCUCACAAGAUUAA